UCGAGGCAUUUUCAAAUGUACGACUAGUUUUUCAAUUUUGGUUGGCAGCUCUGAAUUAUUUCUUUUUUUUUCAAUCCGCGGUGUAAAACGUCAAAAAGUUCUUUCUUGCUAGAAAUUCCGAGCAGACAAAAUGGGUUUCGCUGAUCUCUGGUAUUCGCAUCCCCGUAAAUAUGGACAAGGUUCCCGAUUCUGCCGGGCUUGCUCCAACAAUCAUGGUAUGAUCCGGAAGUACGGUCUCAACAUUUGCCGUCAGUGCUUCAGGGAAUACGCCAAGGAUAUUGGCUUCCGGAAGCUGGAUUAAAUUCCCUCGACGUUUUCUCUUGCGGUUCGGUUUAUUCAUCACCUUUGCCCGAAAAGAUGGCCGGGAAUGGUUCUGUUGAUGUUCCGAUUAUUGUACGGUGUCAUUGCUGAUGAAUAAAAUUGACUGACAAAAAAUGUAA